AUGUACUCCAACUCAGGCGGUGAAAUCACAGAUCAAGAACACCCAGUUGAGGAGGUUUACCGGAGAAGAAAACCCAGAAAGCCCACUUCACUUGAACAGCCCUUAAGGGAAUCGAAUUCGAGUAGAAGAGAGAAGUUCAGGGUGAGUUUGGCUGCUCCGGUUAAGCGAAUCAGUUGGAACCGUUUUCUUUCCACAAGAGGGAGGACAAGUAUUGCUGUUGGUGCUUGCUUCGAGUAUCAGCCUCCACAGAAGAAGGCUAAAAGGAAAGGAAGACCUCCUCGUCCCCAAAGUAAGUACAACUUUGAAAAGGAACGAGCUUACUUUGAGAAGGUUGAUGAAGAAGAAUUGAUAGAGGAGAGCCCCUCUCCCAUACCCCGCACAUGGGUCGCUGGUAUCCCAAAAGAAAAUGUUGAAAUACCCAAGUUGUGCACAGCAUUAGAGAAAUGGUUGUUAUCCAAGAAGUUGAAUUUUGGUUUAGGGUCUUCCAACACAUUGGCGAGGAUCCUACGAACUCCAGGCAUGCGGCCCUCACCCAGUAGUGGUAUCAAUUUUGAAUCUUCAAGUGUGAAAACCCCAGAAAGAUCAUCUAAAGUAAAUUCUCGCUUGUCUUCUGGCCUAAUUAAAUUCGACUUAAGUUUGCUCGAUAGAAGUGUGCAUGAAAUGAACACCACUAAAUCACUUCCAGAGGUGGGCAAUGAAGGUUUGGAUAUAGACGCUGCUGUAAAAGAACAUUAUGAAGAUAUAGAUGCUGCUGUAAAAGAACUCUCUUUGUUAUCAACUUCUGAGGAGUUGGAUCGAUUUAAUGCUCUAUUAGAAGUUUGUGAGCAGUCAUCUCCCUCAAAAUUACAGGAUGUAUUCUCCAAAUAUUGUGACCUGGAAGAUAUUGAAAAAGUUGGAGAAGGGACAUAUGGAGAAGCUUUCAAGGCUGGCAACUUUGUUUGCAAAAUAGUUCCUAUCGAUGGCAAAUUACUAGUGAAUCAGGAAAAGCAAAAGACAUCUGAAGAAUUGCUAGAGGAGGUGGUGCUUUCCCGCACUCUUAAUUACUUGAGAGGAAACAAUGAUAAUGUUCAGAAUGUAUGCACAACAUUUAUAGAAACAAAAGACUUGAGGGUGUGUCAAGGCUGUUAUGACGCUGCCUUGAUCAAAGCAUGGGAAGAUUGGGAUGAAAAUCAUGUUUCAGAAAAUACUCACCCUAGGGAAUUUCCAGAGAACCAGUUCUAUGUCAUAUUUGUUUUAGAGCAUGGUGGCCAAGAUCUCGAAAACUUUGUACUUCUGAACUGUGAUGAGGCAAGGAGUUUAUUAGUACAGGUUACUACUGCACUUGCUGUAGCUGAAGCGGCAUAUGAAUUUGAGCACCGUGAUCUCCACUGGGGAAACAUACUUUUGAGUAGGAGUGAUUCAGUUACAAUGCAGUUCACUCUUGAUGGAAGGCAGAUGCUUAUACGCACAUUUGGGCUAGCAAUAUCAAUCAUUGAUUUCACUCUGUCGAGAAUCAAUACCGGCGAAGCCAUACUCUUUCUAGACCUAUCUUCAGAUCCGGCGCUUUUUAACGGUCAGAAAGGAGAUAUACAAGCAGAAACUUACCGGAAAAUGAAGAAGGUGACACAAGACCAGUGGAAGGAAAGCUUCCCUAGAACAAAUGUGUUGUGGCUGGUGUACUUGGUGGACAUAUUACUCCUAAACAAAUCAUUUGAUCGUACUUCAAAGGAUGAAAGAGAUUUGCGCUCGUUGAAGAAACGGCUUAAUCAAUAUCAGUCAGCAAGAGAAGCACUCUUUGAUCCUUCUUUCAGCGAUCUGUUUGUUGAUUGAUACCUGACUUCUAAUAGAGGGAGAACAU